AUGGGCUCGCCCCCGCCGGCCCCUCCGCUCUUGGGGCUCCUGCUCCUGCUGGGCGCGCCGAGGCCGCUGCGGGGGCACCCGGGCUUCCUCCCCGCUUCCAUCCGCGCGUCCGGCCCGGUGGCCAGCGCGUCCCUGAUCGGAGCCCCCGAGGACGCGGCCGUGUCCCUGUCGCUGCUGCAGGACCAGGCGGGAUCCCUGCCCGUUCCCACGUGUGGCGAGCGGAACAACGACACGGGAGACUGGAGUCUGACGGUGACCCCCAGUGUGAACGCGUGGGACGUGACGGUGAGGCUGAAGAGGGCCCCGCCAGCCUGUUCCUCUAACGGGACCGGCCCCUUCCCGGAGGCCCCGUGCAUCGUCCAAACCCUCCUGGUGUCGGCAUCGCACCACGCCGCCUGCUUAGCGCACCUGCUCAUCCACGUGGAAAUCUACGCCAACUCCUCUCUGGCCCAGAGUGCAUCAGAGAACGUGACCGCCAUCCCCGACCAGGUGCACCAGCCGCUGGGCCCGUGCCCCUGCAACCUCACGGCCGGCGCCUGCGACGUGCGCUGCUGCUGUGACCAGGAAUGCUCCCCUGAUGCCGCCCAGCUCUUCCGGGGGGCCUGUCUCGCUGGCGUGUUUGGAGGGGACGUCAGCCCGCCUUUUGACCAGCUCUGCUCCGCACGGGGGGCGCCCGGGGCCCCCGGCUGGUUCCCGUUCCUGUGCGUGCAGUCCUCGCCCGCCAACUCGCCCUUCCUGGGCUACUUCCACCACGGGGCCGUGUCCUCGGGGCAGCCCACCACCUUUGCCCCGUACCUGCACGCUGACCCGAAGGACAUGUCUGACUUGGGGUACAAACAGGGAGACCCCGUGAUGACUGCCGCUCAGGCCUAUCUCACUGUCCCUCAGGUGACCCUGGCCGGGCAGUGUGUGCGGGACGCCCCGGUGGGAUUCCUGCAGAACUUCGACGUUCGCUGCGUUACUGACCUGGACGCCUACCAGGAACCAGGCAGCGCCCCGGACGCUGGCAUAAAGGCGGGCACCGUGGGAGGCGUCGUCAUCCCGCACGUGACCUACGAGGAGGCAGCUGCCCCGGGCCAGGUCGUCACGGGCACAGAAACACUGCUACCUCCCGGAUCGGCCCCCAGGAACGUGACUGUGGAGGGACAUUACCUCUUCCGGUGGAACAAUCGCACCAUCAGCGAAGUGCACGUCAGGAUCGUCAGGGCGAGGCUCCACGCCCACCAGACAGGAACCCUGACGCAGCGGUUUACAGUGAGGUUUUUGAGCCAUAACAGCGGCCCCGGGGAGGAGAGGUCUGGGAACCCAGGUUACCAGCUGGGCAGGCCCGUGCGCGCCCUCCAUGCCGGCAGGAGCGACCCCGCGGCGGCCCUGAGCCUCUGGCAGCCAGCCGGGAGGGGUCUGUGCUCAUCGGCGCCCCUCAGACCCGUCUUAUUUGGAGAAAAUGUGCUCUCGGGGUGCCUCUUGGAGGUGGGCAUCGACGAGAACUGCACUCAGCUCCGGGACAAGGCGGCGGGAAUCCUCGAUUCAUUAAUACCAGCGACUCACGUGGCAGCGAGAGGCAACUCGGAUUACGGGGACCGCAGCGACGGCUGGCUGGAGAUCGUCGCAGCCCGGGACCCAGGCGCAGGCCCGGCUGGCGGCCGCGGGAAUGGCGUCUGCGAGGAGGUCCCUGCCCGGCUGCAGGUCCGCAUCCUCACCUGGGAGGCCGGCGCGGUGGAGGGGGUCCCCCAGCAGGAGAUCCUGGGCGCCGAGAAGAGGGUGGCCUCGGUGGCCUGGCGGCCCCAGUGCGGGCUGACCUGUGAGCAGGCCGGCCUCUUCGCCCUCAGCGCCUCUGUGCAGUUCAUUCAGGUCCCUGCCCGGCGACCCCGGCCGCUGACCAGGUUCCAGGUGAACUCCACGGAGUCCGACUGUGACAGGAACGACGUGUGCUGGCCGCAGCUCCUGUACCCCUGGACCCGGCACUACCGAGGGGAGCCGUAUGCCCGGUGCGUGGCCAAGGGCCUGCUGCUGGCCGCCUUCUCCGUGGUGGCCAUGCUCCUCAGCGACCCCUGGACCAGAGCACGCAGAGCCUGA